UGCAGUUUCUAUUACACGAUCAUGAUGUUCAAACUAUUUUUCCUUUUACUCAUAAUUUCAUUUUGUUCGGCUUUCGAUUUCAUUUUCCAACCCGGCCCACUUGUUCCGGCUUCGAAAGGCGAAAUAUGGCCAAAGCCCCAACAUGAAAAUAAAUUAGACGAUGGAUUCUUCUCUUUGUUACCAACAUUCUUUCAUUUCAAUCCAAUCGGAAACAUCUGUAACACGUUAACUGAAGCUUUGGACAGAUACAGAAAGUUGAUCAUAUUUAACAAUCGCCGAAUAAAGGAGGUUUAUUACAAAGCGCGCAGUUGCUACGAAGGCGGAGAUCAAAAUUUUUUGGGCUAUUUGACAAGCGUGGAAGUUGAAUUGACUGGUGCUUGUAACGAUGAAGAGUACCCCUCAUUUGAGAUGAAAGAAGAAUAUGUUGUAAACGUAACGUCAACAGUGCAAAGAAUUUCCUCAGACACUAUAUGGGGAAUACUUCGGGGGCUCGAAACUUUCUCACAAUUGAUAUACUUGACAGACGAUUACAGUUGUCACAGAAUUGGAACAACUUCAAUUCACGAUUACCCCAGAUUUGCCCAUCGCGGACUACUUUUGGACACUUCCCGUCAUUACAUCCCAAAAGAGCACAUUUUGAAGUUAAUCGAGACAAUGUCUUACAACAAAUUAAAUGUUUUCCACUGGCAUAUCACUGACGAUUACAGUUUUCCCUACGUCAGUAAAGCUUUCCCGCAAAUGAGCAAUAAGGGAGCAUUCCAUCCGACUCUCAUGAUUUACGAGCAAGACUUUGUAAGCGAAGUGCAAGAGUAUGCUCGAAAACGCGGAAUUCGUGUUUUGGCAGAGUUCGAUACCCCUGGCCAUACCCUUUCUUGGGGUCUGGGAAACCCAGACUUGCUCACCGAUUGCCACAACGUACCCCAACUUAAGUGGGGACCCAUCAACCCCAUUAAAAACACCACCUACGACUUCAUUUUCAAACUAUUCGAAGAAAUCAAAAGCGUUUUCAAAGACGAAUACACGCACCUUGGCGGCGACGAAGUCGAUUUCUCUUGCUGGAAAAGCAACCCAGAAAUCAACCAAUGGAUGGCUGAGCACCAGAUGGAGGGCGAUUACGUCGCCCUGCAAAGCCACUACAUCCAAAAACUCAUCAACCACGUCGAUUCUUUAGGUUUAAACUCAAUUGUUUGGGAAGAAGUGUUCACCAACGGUGUCCAACUACCCAAAUCCACAGUAGUCAACGUCUGGAUUAGCGAUGACCCGAAAACAACCCUCAAACAAGUAACAGAAGCUGGCCAUCCAACAAUCAUCUCAUCUUACUGGUAUUUGGAUAUUUUGAAGACCGGAGGUGAUUGGUUAAAAUUCUACAAUGCUGACCCGCAAGACUUUGAUGGUACUGACGAACAAAAAAGACUUGUUCUUGGAGGGGAGGCGUGUAUGUGGAGCGAAGUCGUUGAUGAGUAUAACUUGGAGCCAAGGGUGUGGCCGAGAGCUAGUGUGGCGGCGGAGAGGUUUUGGUCGCCUCCAGACACUCCCAAAAGUGCGCAAAAUUUAGGAGAGCUUUGGACUAUCGCUAGCAGGCUACAAGAGCAGACUUGCAGAAUGAACAGGAGAGGGGUGGCGGCACAGCCGCCUUCAGGACCAAGUGUUUGUUUUUCUAAUAAUAUUAGUAUUCGUCUAGACCUUAUUUUUCACUGUAGCAAUUUUCCCAAAAAUAGUUAUCUCGGCGUAUCUUCUUCAAGUGAAUCAACACAGAUUUAUAAACGAAAACAUUUGAGUUUCAACAAGUCAGUUACUAGAGUCAGUUGUGAUAAGCGCUCUGUCAUGACCAAAUUAGUUUUAUAUUUGCUUCCGCUAAUCAUCAGCUGCAAUGCUAUUCAUCCUGGCCCCGUGGUCAGGGCAACCAAAGGCGAAGUCUGGCCUAAACCACAAGUAGAGGAAAAAACAGAGCAGUAUUACACAGUACGACCGCACGGUUUCAAUUUUAAGGGCCCCACCAACAUCGGUUGCCCGAAUCUUCUGAACGAUGCCUUUACGAGAUACUGGACUAUUAUAGCGACUGCAAGUUCACUAGAACGCAGAGGUCGUCUGCAUGAAGUGGGGCGAAAACCAAAAACCAAAUUUUGGAAAGCCGACAGCAAUUAUCUCGGUGAUUUAACCAAUUUACAUGUUCAGUUAGACGAUUGUGCUAGUGAAUAUGUACUUCCAGCUUUCGGGGACAAUGAAAAUUACACACUCAGUGUCACUUCGGAGGGAGCUUCACUUACGGCCGACACAAUUUGGGGGGUUUUGCGUGGUUUGGAGACUUUUUCCCAGUUGAUUUAUCUAGAGCAAGAUACUCUUAUUAUAAACGCGACUAACGUAAAUGAUUAUCCGAGGUUUUCUCACAGAGGUCUUUUAUUAGACACCUCCAGACACUUUAUACCCAUUUAUAUCAUUCUUCAAACUUUGGACGCAAUGUCGUACAAUAAAUUUAACGUCUUCCAUUGGCAUAUCACAGAUGAUCACAGUUUUCCCUACAAGAGUCGUACUUAUCCAGAACUGAGCGAUGAAGGGGCCUACCAUCCAGUUUCCAAAGUUUACGAGCAAAGUGAUGUUAGUAAAGUUAUAGAAUAUGCACGUGUGAGAGGCAUUCGGGUUAUUCCAGAGUUUGAUACCCCAGGCCAUACUAGCUCCUGGGGAGCAGCUCAUCCUGAAUUAUUGACUACCUGCUACACAAAUGAUAAACCUGACGGAGACUUGGGACCCAUGGACCCAACUAAAAACUCCACUUAUGAUUUUUUGACCAAAUUAUUUACUGAAGUUGUUGAAGUUUUCCCAGAUUCUUAUUUCCACAUUGGUGGUGACGAAGUUGAUUUUACUUGCUGGCAACACAAUCCCGACAUUGCAAGCUUCAUGAAAGCCAACAAUAUUUCGACCUACGAAGACCUGGAAAGUUACUUCAUACAACACGUGGUCAAUCUCCUUGAUUCUCUAAAUUCAAAUUAUUUAGUGUGGGAGGAAGUUUUCGUAAAUGGGGUCACUCUUCCCGACAGUACUCUCGUGCACGUUUGGAGAGACAACGGCCACGAGACCUUGAACAGCGUGACCAAAGCGGGAAAAUAUGGAAUUUUUUCCAGUUGUUGGUACCUGGACCAUGUGUCCAGUGGAGGCGACUGGGAAAAGUUCUAUGAGUGUGAAGCGCUUGAUUUUCCUGGUACUGAGGAACAGAAAAAAUUGGUUCUGGGAGGAGAAGCCUGUAUGUGGUCCGAAGCUGUGAACGAGUAUAACGUCAUGCCAAGAGUGUGGCCAAGAGCUAGUGCCGUUGCGGAAAAACUGUGGUCUGCGGGAAACGUUAACGAUACUCAAGCAGCCAAAGGACGGCUAGAGGAACACACUUGCAGGAUGAAUAACAGGGGAAUCGCGGCACAGCCUCCUAAUGGACCAGGAGUGUGUCUUUAAACCUUUUCCAUAGCUUAAUAAAAACUGCCACAAAAAUUAAA